ACUGAUCAGUAGGUUUAAUGGCACCCCACCAUUAUUUUUCUUGUAAGACAGCCUGAAAAUAGUUCAACUCUCCUGAUGGGUGAUAUAGAUAUCUCUGAUACAACUAUAGCUUAUGGUGGAAAUGUGGACUGUAGUCUGACUUGUUUUCCUAUGAAAUAAAGUCACGUACAUAACAUCUGGUAGGUUACUAAAGCCCUCUUGUAAGCUGUAUCGCCACUUGCUAUUCACACCUACCACGUCAACUGUUCCACCAACCUCUUCAGCCAGCAAGUUGACUGGUAGCUGUGCCCCAGGAAGGUUAGUUACCUGGCAACCAGGGAAUCAGGAAUGUUAGAAGUUAUGGCUACAGAGAGGAGACAAUGGGGGAAGGCAGCAAUGUGAUGGUACCAUUGCUGGACAUCAACGAGUCGUCAGGUGCGUCGGAGGAGCUGCUGCAGAGGGAGCCUGUACCAUGGGGCGUGCUGGCACAGCUGACAGCGUGGGAGGCAGGCAACCUGUGGCGCAUCUCAUGGGCAUCCAUCCUCAUUACGCUUUUCAGCUUCAUGCUCAGCCUCGUCACACAGAUGUUUGUUGGACACCUCGGUGAGCUUGAGCUUGCCGGCGCCUCAAUCACCAACAUCGGUAUCCAGGGCCUAGCUUACGGCAUCAUGAUUGGCAUGGCGAGUGCAGUGCAAACUGUCUGUGGCCAGGCCUAUGGAGCCAGGAGGUACACGGCCAUGGGCGUUGUGUGCCAGAGGGCACUUGUGCUCCAGCUCGCAACAGCUAUUCCGAUCGCCUUCCUCUACUGGUAUGCUGGCCCGUUCUUGCGGCUCAUUGGGCAGGAGGCAGAUGUGGCUGUGGCGGGGCAGCUGUACGCUCGUGGGCUGCUGCCACAGCUGCUUGCUUUUGCCCUCUUCUGCCCGAUGCAGAGGUUCCUGCAGGCCCAGAACAUUGUCAACCCCGUGGCAUAUAUCACACUGGUGGUGCUGAUCUUCCACAGCCUUGCCUCAUGGCUGGCAGUGUUUGUGCUCGGCUCAGGCCUCCUUGGUGCUGCGCUCACACUGAGCUUCUCUUGGUGGGUGCUUGUGGUGUUGACAUGGGGUUACAUCGUCUGUAGUCCAGCUUGUAAAGAGACCUGGACCGGACUCUCCUUGCUUGCCUUUAGAGGCCUCUGGGGUUAUGCCAAGCUCGCCUUUGCCUCAGCCAUCAUGCUAGCAUUGGAGAUUUGGUAUGUGCAAGGAUUUGUGCUUCUUACUGGAUUCCUCCCCAACUCGGAGAUUGCACUUGAUUCCCUCUCUAUCUGCAUCAAUUACUGGAACUGGGACUUCCAGAUCAUGCUUGGCUUGAGCUAUGCAGCCAGUAUUCGUGUUGGCAAUGAGCUUGGUGCUGGCCAUCCAAAGGUAGCAAGGUUCUCAGUUAUUGUGGUUGUCAUGGCAAGCAUUGCCUUCAGCGUUUUUGUGAUGCUUUUAGUCAUAAUUCUAAGGUAUCCACUGAGCACGCUGUACACGAGCAGCACCACAGUAAUUGAGGCUGUUAUCAGUCUGAUGCCAUUGCUGGCCUUCAGCAUCUUCUUGAAUGGGAUUCAGCCAAUCCUCUCAGGAGUUGCCAUUGGGAGUGGAUGGCAAGCAAUAGUUGCUUAUGUCAAUGUUGGGGCCUACUAUCUGAUUGGGCUUCCAAUUGGAUGCAUCCUAGGAUACAAAACAAGCCUUGGGGCUGCUGGAAUAUGGUGGGGUUUAAUCGUUGGGGUCAGUGUGCAGACGAUAGCCCUGAUUGUUCUCACAGCCAGGACUAACUGGGACAAGGAGGUAGUGAAGGCAAUGCAACGUCUGCAGCAGACAGGUGUGAUUCCGGUCAACGACAUCAUUGCAUGAUCUAACCGGGAGUCAACCUGGCUGACACUGUUCUGGAGCUCAGUUCAGUGGCAGAGCUGCUCCUACUCCACUGCUACGGAAGGGUAGCUUUAGGGACUUGGUUUUUGAGUUUGUGACAAUAAGCUGAAUUCGGUUAAGUACCUUUGGUUAUCUCAUUGUCAAGCUGAAAAUGAUUUGGUUUCUUUGAAGAUGUAAUUUUUGUUGCUCCGUGAGCUUGAUAUCCCGAAUCAUGUACGCAUUCGCAGGAGCCAAUGAACCUCAAAGUUGGAUGAAGACAUCAUGUGCUAAGCGUUGAUUUAACAAUGUGGUUUGUGUUGAUUUUUACUCU